UAGAAGAUGUUGUGAAACUCUUGCACCUGACAGGGUUGCUCAUCAGUAUCUGCAGCUCGAGCUCUGCUCAGUCUGCUGCGCAGCUGCCUGAAGAGAUUUACUUUUCUGUGGACUAAGCUGUUCCCAUCCCAGCAAACCUAAUCCCAGAGUCCGUUCUUCGGCUGCACAACCUUCCCAUCACCAUGGAAAAACAGCCCGCUGUGGUGUUUCGAAAUGUGGGACAAAUGUACUUCCCCCAAACCCGAGUGGAGUGCCACUACAGCCUGACCUCAGGUCACCGCUGGAGCAGCAGUGACUGGAUCGGGAUUUUUCAGCUGGGCUGGUCUUCAGUGAAAGAGUAUUACACUUACACGUGGGCUCUUGUGCCUGAAGGCUACACUGAGGGCAGCGGUGUCGACUCCUGUGCUCUCUUCCACGCGUCCUACCUGCCCAGACCUGGUACCUCGGAGUACCAGUUUGUUUACGUUGAUAAGUUGGGUAAGGUGUGUGCUCGUAGCCGCCCCUUCACCUUCUGCGCUCCCAAACCUUUGGAGGAGCUGGAGACCCUGAAGGAGGAGCAAGAUGAGGAAGACGGAGGAGAGGAGCUGCUGCUGGUCAUCCCCAGAGCUCAGCUGCUGCAGAGUCGGCUGGAGGAGUGUUUAAAAAAGCAAACUGGUUUGCAGCGAGCGUUGGACGUGGCCAGAAAAGAGACAGAGAACGAAAAACAAGUCAACAAAAGAGCGAGGAGCGAGUGGGAGAGGGAGAGAGAGGCGAUGAAGGAGAAGAUCUCUGAACUGAGAGAUAAUCUGAGGCACAGCUGUGAGAUGCUCAGGAGGAUGGAGGGCAAGCAGCAGGAUGGAAAAUAUAAUCAGGAGAACCUCACCAAUGAACUGAAUAAACUUGUGGCUGAAAAUGCAGAAAAUCAGCAGCAAAUCAAAGACCUGGAGGAUAAAAUCCGGCUUCUGACAGACAGAGAAACGGCAGCCUGCAGUGAACUGGAAAGGCUGAGAGAAAAAGUGAAGAAAAUGUCCAUUCAGAUGAAACACGACGAGGAGAAGAGGAAGUCUCUCCAGGUGGAGAUCGAGGCCUCUGCUGCAGAGGUGCGAGGCCUGCAGGAGCGCCUGGAGUCCAACGAGCUCGUGAUCGAGAGUCAGCGCAGAGAACUGAAGGAGCUGGGCGCUCGGCAGAAUCUGACCUACGCCGAGCUGCACCAAGCCCGGCUGCAGGUGGCCCAGCUCAACCUGCAGCUGUCUGAGGAGGACCUGGUCCUCAGGGAGGAGCGGGCCAACUCCGCCCUGGAGAAGGAGGCCUACAAGCAUGCAGCAGAAAUGAAUAAAAAUAAGCUACAAGAUCUGAGCUGUGAGCUUCAGAGGACGGAGCAGUGGCUCCAGGACGAACGGAUGGACAGGGACAGCCUGGAAGCAGAGCUGCAGAGAGAGAAGGUGCUGCUGAGUGAGGCCAGACAGGAGCUGCAGGAGGCAAAGACCAGCCUGAGGAGGAUCCAGAAGGACAGGGAGGAGGAGAAACUGCAACGACAGCUUUGUCCCUUGCAGGAUCUGGUGAGCUACAUUCAUCAGUUGGAGCUCAGGCUGGGAAUCGCCACUGAAACGAACGGGAGAAGUUUGGAAUCCUCUGGUGACGAGAGAGAUGACGAGGACUCUUCUAGACCAGAUUCCUACCCUGUUUCUGACCCAGAAGAGCCUCCAGCUGAAGGCAAAGGGGAGACGACUGACGCUCAGGAAGAGAAGAAGCAGAGCUGUGAAGCUGGAGCUGCUGGAGAGCAGCACCUGAUCCCACCUGAACUCCUCAACCCCGUCCUGAGUGAGCUCGCUGAUGCCCCCAUGUGGUAAAACGAGGAAGAGCGGAUGGACAGCACUACUUGGGUUCUGCAGACUCUGAGCCUCACUUCAUUUUUGAGCUUUUUUCCUCAUAAGUUUGAUGUUCGCUUUAAUUUUUAAACUUAUUUUGUUAUAUUUAAGAUCAAGUAGCACAUUUUCACUUUAAGAGGCGGACUCAAGCGUCUACCUGCAGAGAUUUGUUUGAAUUUGUGGCCCAAAGUUGACACAAGAGAGUUUUUCUAGAGCUAUUUUAUCCUUUAAGUCUGUUAAAUAUGAGUGUGAAUCUUCAAGUGUGUUUCUGCAACAUUUGUUAGAACAAAAAUAAAAAAAAUAUGACUACAAACAAA